AUGAAGCUGCUUGCGACAGCUCUUCUGCCGGCCUUUGCAGCCGUGGCAUUGGCAUCUCCUUCUGUUAAGAUUGACGCCGGUAUAGUUAACGGUGGAAAAUGCAAAGGAGGACAGGACGCAGUCUUCUACAAGGCAAUUCCCUUUGCCGAGCCCCCGGUUGGAGAUCUCCGAUUCAUGGCCCCGAAGCCUUACAAGAAAAGCUUUCCCCAGGGAAAGCUUGAUGCAACUACCUCUGCCGCCACAUGCAUUCAAUUCACCGACGACUUUACCCCAUCCAAGUUGAACUCGACUAAGCUCUCAUCCGAAGACUGCCUCUACUUGGAUGUUUGGACUCCAGCAAACGCCACCAAAGACUCAAAACUUCCGGUCAAGGUGUGGGUCUACGGUGGCUCGAACUCUGAGGGCUCGAUCUCGGACCCUCUGUAUGAUGGCUGUAACACGGCCAAUGCCGACUCAAUCCUCGUGACGGUCAACUACCGAGUUGGACCCUUGGGCUACACAGCACUCAACAGCGCCGGAAUUUAUGGUAACCAAGGAAUCAAAGAUAUCGUUCUUGGCUUGGAGUGGGUUCAGGACAACAUUGCGGCCUUUGGCGGCGACCCGAAAAAAGUGCUUCUUUUCGGGCAAUCGGCCGGUGCUGCGAACGUGUACAUCGUUGGCUCUCUUCCCCAAGCAUCCUCCUUGGUGAACGGUGUCAUCGCGGAAUCCGGCGCUGGCAGGCCUGUCACUAUCAAUGAAACGCAACAAGCUACGGGUGCAUCGUAUGCCCGAACCCUGAAGUGCAGCACAAACGACAAAGCAUGCAUGCAGUCUAAGAGUCUCGCCGAAUUGCGAAACGCUUACAAGACCGAUCCUUUCCUCCAGACGGGAGUUGGACACUACGACGACCUGAGUGUCGGCAACCCUAAGACCCCUGGCUUCCACCCCUACGUGGAUGGCGAUUUCAUCCCCCAGGACCCCUACAAGUCUGGUGUCAACGUCCCGACCGUUUUUGGAUUCACCGAGAAGGAAGCCACCGUUUUCAUCGCCCAGUGGGCCAUCACUCAGCUGCAGAAGAAGAUCGUCCCAACCCCCGCCUUGUACAAGGACUUCCUCCGCAAGGACUUUGGCAAGGCCGCCCCCCUUGUUGAGAAGUACUACAAGCCCUCCGACUUCGAAGCUUACGCCAGACCUCUCGCUGCAUCCGGCAAGCUCACCGGCUACAACACCACCUCGCUCGCCAUCCUCCUCACCAUGGGUCAGAUCGUCACCGACUCCACCUACAGAUGCCCGGCGUGGUACGGCGCUGUCCAAACCGCUCGCAAGAACAUCCCCUCGUGGACCUACGAGUUCAAACACUCUGACAGCUGCGCCUGGCUGCCCACCCUCUCGCAGCAGAUCAUCUCGAUCUUCGCGGGCACUCACACCGCUGAAAUCCCGUAUGUCUUCGGCAACCUCGACAACCGCUAUCUUUCCAACGGGGCGUCUUGCAACUCCACCUCGGCUGAGUACCGUCUCAGCGAACAGAUGAUGGACGCAUGGACCGCGAUGGCUGCGAAUGCCGACCCGUCGACCAGGGACUUUGCUUGGCCUCAGUUCGAGCCCUCGAAGAACCUCUCCGCAGCUCCUGGAGUGACCUUCGAAAACACAUCGACUGCUGGCAAGAUCGACUUCUUUGGCUGCGAGUUGUGGUCGCGCGUCAAUGCCAUUUUGGCGGCUGACAACUCUACUUCUACCGGAGCUUCGCCCAGUGCGAGCGGCGGUCCGGCAUCCUCGUCGACUCCCCCGUUGGCUGAGAAUGGGGCAGCAAGUAUCCUGCCUUCGACUGGGGGGGUUGCUGCUUUGGCUGUGCUGCUGAUGAGCUUGGUUUAA